CCGCCCCCGCCCCUUCCACCCGGUCCUUCCCCGCGGAGCGUGGCUCAGUCCCUGGUGCGCAGCAGGAGGGCGAUGGCGCUGUCGCGGGUGGAGCGCGUGCUGGUCCUGGCGCUGCGGCUCUUCUCCUUCGCCUACCUGGGCCUGGUCAGCCUGGUCUCGCAUGCCUCCGCCGCCCUCGCCUCGCUGGCCUCCGUCUCGGCCUCGCCCCCGCCCUCCAAGGCGGCCCAAGCGCCCCCCACGCCCACCACGCCCUGCAGAGUCCGCCGCGUGGUCCCGCCGACCCAGCACCCGCUCCUCCUCCUCUCCGCCCGGGAGCUGGCCCGCAGGAUCCGCCGCAAGGAGGUGUCAUGUGUGGAAGUCAUUGCAACGUACAUUGCGAGGAUUAAGCAGGUCAACCCAUUGAUCAAUGCCGUUGUCAGAGACAGGUUUGAGGCAGCUCUUCAAGAGGCUCAUGAGGUUGACAAGCUGCUCUCUGAAGGGCACGAUGACGAAGAUGCGCUGGGAGAGAAGUUUCCCUUCCUGGGGGUCCCGGUCACCAUCAAAGAGGCCUUUGAACUGAAUGGCUUGCCCAAUACUUCUGGACUGGUUAACCGCCGCAAUAUAAUUUCUGUCUCCGAUGCCGUGGUCGUGUCCCGGCUAAAGCAAGCCGGCACCAUCCCUUUGGGUGUGACCAACUGCAGCGAGUUGUGCAUGUGGUACGAGUCCAGCAACCGUGUCUACGGCCGAACCAACAAUCCCUAUGACCUGGAGUGCAUCGUGGGAGGCAGCUCAGGAGGAGAAGGAUGCAUCCUGGCCGCUGCUGGCUCCGUGAUUGGAGUCGGUGCAGAUAUUGGGGGCAGCAUCCGGAUGCCCGCUUUCUUCAAUGGGAUCUUUGGGCAUAAACCCACCACAGGUGUGGUUCCCAAUGAAGGCCAGUUCCCUAAUGCCUUGGGUGUCCGGUCAAAUUUCAUGUGCACCGGCCCAAUGUGUCGCUACGCAGAAGACUUAGAGCCCAUGUUGAGGGUCAUGGCAGGACCGAACAUCUCCAAGCUGAAGCUGGAUGAACCCGUAUCCUUAGAGAAGAUAAAGUUCUAUUCAAUGGAGCACGAUGGAGGUUCUGUUUUUGUUUGCCGAGUGGACAGAGAAAUUAUCCAAGCACACCGGAAGGUUGCGGAGCGCCUGGAGAGAGAUCUGGGCGUUCAGGUUCAAAACGUGGCCAUCCGUGACAUGAAGUAUUCCUUCCAGAUCUGGUCUGUCAUGAUGUCUGCCAAAGACGGCACUGGGAAGGAUACACCGUCAUUCACAGACCUUCUCGGAGACCAUGGAAAGCCAGUGUGGCCCUCUUGGGAGCUGGUGAAGUGGAUGAUGGGAUUGUCAACACACACGCUUCCAGCCAUUGCACUAGGACUGACUGAGAAGAUUGUGAAAUACAACCCUCGGGUGAAUUCCAAACUAACAACUAUGGCAGAAAAUUUGAAGAAGGAGGUGGUGAAUCUACUGGGAGAGGAUGGCGUCCUCUUAUACCCUCCGCACCCUGUAUUAGCGCCCCGGCACAAUACUCCCCUGGCGAUGCCAUUUAAUUUUGCCUAUACAGCCAUCUUCAACAUCCUGGGUUUGCCGGUGACUCAGUGCCCACUAGGUUUGAGUAAGGAAGGCCUCCCGCUGGGCAUCCAAGUAGUGGCCGCCCCCAACAAUGACCACUUGACUCUGGCCGUGGCCCGGUACUUGGAGAAGGCCUUCGGGGGCUGGGUCUGCCCUGGCACCUCCUCGCUUGACAACCCUGGGACCCAAUGACAGCAGACCAGUACCUGAAGACCACACCACCCACAAAAACGAACAACAGGCGGCUUCGUUGCAAGCGGGAAGGACUCCAAUGGCCCUCCCCAUAAGUGCAAUCCAAGGGAGCGUAAAAUGGGGUCACACAACUUGAUCCUCCAUAUUAGAUAAGGCCAAAUCUGACACAGCGGAGGGAGCAUCAUCGCAAAAUACCAUGAGAAUCCUAGAGGGGAUAAUGCUCUGUUCUUCUUGGGACACCCAUGGUUUUUUGACUUAGAGCAACGAGGGAGGGUGGUUGCUUUCAUUUUUGGGUAGAACAGGGUUCCCAUUCCCCUAUUUCCAUAUUAUUUAUUCCUACUUUUUAGAUGAGGCCAGAGACCAAAAGCAUCAGAAAGAUGUGCUGGAGAUUUCCUCUUCCUAAUGCCCUUUGGAGGAGAUGGGAGGAGGAGAUGGGGGAUCCUCAGCAUCUCAGACUGUGCACAAAACACUGAGCAUCUUGCCAGGCGAGGAAUAGAGUUUUACAGCCUCAUGGACCAUUGCUCUGUGCUGGACUUUGUGUUCUCUUCCCUGGCACUUUGCUCAGCUCUAUUUGUAGGGCAGCUUUCUAAUUCUUGGACGAAACAUGCUGUUGAAUCUGGGACAACUUCUUACAGGGGAUGAUUAAUCCAUCAUUCCUCCCUCUGUGCUUCCUUCUGUCUUCUCUCCCAGGAGCAGUGCCUUGCCUUCUAGCUUUGAAACCUAAACUUUAGUGGGAGAGGGGCUGCUCCGCUCCAAUGAUCUGCAUGAUUGAGUUGUUGUAGGUUUUUUCGGGCUAUAUGGCCAUAGUCUAGAGGCAUUCUCUCCUGACAUUUCGCCUGCAUCUAUGGCAAGCAUCCUCAGAGGUAGUGAGGAUGCUUGCCAUAGAUGCAGGCGAAAUAUCAGAUAAUGCCUCUAGACCAUGGCCAUAUAGCCUGAAAAAACCUACAACAACCCAGUGAUUCCGGCCAUGAAAGCCUUCGACAAUACAUUUAUCUGCAUGAUCUUUAUUACAUUCCAAAACUGAGAUUGGGCACAUUAAAAGAACCAAAUACAAUGAAAUGUUGUUGACCUUUUAACAGAAAGGGAACAUAAUAUAUUACCUGUCACUGAGAUAUGUGUUGCUGUUUUAUAUUUCUGACUUUAGGCACUUUUGACCAAUAUCUCUUGCUGUUGAUUGUCAUAGAGCUGGGCCCAAAACGUGCUUGAAUUUUAGGGAUAAUGGCAUACGUCGUUACGUAAAUAGGGGGCACUCUUUCCCCUAGGGCUGAACUAAGAGGCAUCUGCAGGACUAUUCCGCCCCCUGGUUGGGUAUUCUAAUGAUUUAUUAAUAAAAAUACUUAAUAUUUA